AUGCGCGUCACAGCCGCCUUCUGGCUCGCGGCCGCGACCCUCGCGAAAGCGGCGUACUGGAUGGAAGACAUUGCCCACCAGGGCAUCUCCCCCUACCACCCGGACCCGAACUACAAGGUCUUCCGCAACGUGAAGGGCUUUGGCGCAAAGGGCGACGGCGUGACGGACGAUACCGCGGCGAUCAACCUCGCCAUCAGCUCUGGUGAGCGGUGCGCGCCUGGCAAGUGCAAGGGUGAGACGACGUCGCCUGCUACCGUCUACUUCCCUCCCGGAACGUACAUCAUUUCUGGCUCUAUUAUUGACUACUUUUACACGCAAAUCAUUGGUGAUCCGACCGAUCGCCCGGUGAUUAAGGCCGCGGCCGACUUCCCCACCAACACCACCCUCGGCCUCGACGGAAACCCGUACGGCGCGAAUGGCCUCAGCUGGGGUGCCACCAACAUCUUCUUCAGACAAGUCCGCCACCUCAUUUUCGACACCACAGGUAUACCUGCCUCUGCUGCUGCUUUUGGAAUUCAUUGGCCCUCAUCGCAGGCUACUGCCAUUACCAACUGCGUGUUCCGCCUCGCUAAGGGCGCGGAGAGCAAGCAUGUCGGCAUCUUCAUUGAGGAGGGCUCCGGCGGCCUUCUCAACGAUCUUGACUUCUACGGAGGUCAAUACGGCGUCAAUCUUGGCAACCAGCAAUAUACUGCCCGAGCCCUUCGCUUAUGGAACGCUCAGGUCGCCAUCAAUCAGCUUUGGGACUGGGGCUGGACCUACAAGAACAUCUAUGUCACCUCUUCCAUCACUCUUUUGGACUCGGAGUUCGUCAACACCCAGACCGCGAUUCGCACCAGCCGCGAGCCCGGCGUCACCGUCCCCGUCACGGCCGGCACCUUGGUGAUGGAGAACGUUGCCUUCUCCAAGGUCCAGACCAUUCUCCUGGGCCCCAAGAACAACACGAUCGUCGCAGGAACGUCCAGCGCCACUAUCUCUCAGGGCUUCGCCAUGGGUCACAUCUACACCCCCUCCGGUCCCACAGACUACACCGGUUCCGAUGCUGGUUACUUCCCCGUCUACCCAGCCCUCCUCGGACCCCCCGCCAACGGCACGACAAAGUAUUACGAGCGCUCCAAGCCGCACUACGAGAACGUGCCCUCAAGCCUUGUCAUCUCAGCCCGUUCGUUCGGUGCCCGAGGUGACGGUGUGACGGACGAUACUGUGGCCCUGAACAACCUGUUCAACUACGUCGCCUCGAACCCUGCUGCAGGCCUCCUCGCCUUCGUCGACGCGGGCACCUACUACGUCUCCGACACCGUCUUCGUCCCUCCCGGAGCCCGCAUCGUCGGCGAGGCCCUCGCAUCCAUCAUCAUGGGCGACGGUGAGAAGUUCCAGGACAUCGAGAAGCCUCACCCCGUUGUCAAGGUCGCUAUCCCGGGCCAGUGCGGAACGAUUGAGUGGUAUGACAUGAUUGUGUCCACGCGCGGAUCCGCACCGGGUGCCAAGGUGAUCGAGUAUAACCUCAACACCGUCGGUGAGCCUUCUGGUAUGUGGGAUGUGCAUAUUCGUGUUGGAGGAUUCGCUGGGACGCAGCAGCAGCUCAAGGAGUGCCCUACCACGCCUAAUGCUACUGUCACCGCGGAUACCAUUGACAAGAACUGCAUUGCGGGGUGGAUGAGUAUGCACAUCACCAAGUCGGCUUCUGGACUUCUGCAGGAGAACUGCUGGAUCUGGACCGCCGAUCACGACCUCGAGGAUCCCGACUACAAGCAGGUCACCAUCUACAACGGCCGUGGCUUGCUGAUCGAGUCGACCGCCGGCAAGAUCUGGCUGUCUGCCUCCGGCGUCGAGCACCACACCCUCUACCAGUACAUGCUCUUCAAGACCAGAGACGUGUACAUGGGCCAGAUCCAGUCCGAGACCCCUUACUACCAACCCAACCCACCAGCCACGAUCCCCUUCCCCCGCGCAAAGGGCUACCACGACCCAGACUUCGAGACAGAAUGCAAGGACGCCGACCCCAACGGCCCACCAUGCAAGAUGGCGUGGGGCCUCCGCGUCAUCGGCUGCCAGAACGUCGUCGCGUUCGGCGCGGGACACUACUCCUUCUUCAACAACUACAGCACGGCGUGCUGCCAGAUUGACGCUGGAGCGAGGUGCCAGCAGCGCAUUGUGGAUUUGCGCGAUGCGCCUGGUAACUGUACCGCGACGGACAACUUGGAUAUCUACAACCUGCAGAUUGUGGGCACGACGGCCAUGGUUACGCGUUAUGGAAAGGAUGUCGCGUUUUACAAGGAUAAUAUCGCUGGGUUCACGGCUGGUAUUGCCUUGUAUCAGCAUUGA